UUACCGUGAUCACUGACGUGUGUUUUGAUUUUAGUUUUUGUCAUGUUGGAACUUGGAAGUUUCGAAAUCUAGGAAUUACAGCUGUUGUUCAAUUUGUUUUCAUUGAUAAUGUUUAAUAAAAAUAAGUAUCAUGUUGUUAGUUGUAGCGCUUGAUAUUUAAUUGAUGGUGUGUGUUUAUAAAUGAAAUGCUAUUUGUUCCUAUAUCAAAAUGGCUCGCAAUAGAGGCGAUGGUUUACUUGCGAAGGUCGAUUUUCCUCUUUAUACGCUGCAAACACUUACGAACAGGCACGUAAUUGUUGCUGGUGGUGGUGGAGCGUCGAACACGGGCGUAGCAAAUGGAUUCGAAAUAUUUGAACUCUCACACAAUGGUACAAAGUUUGUUGCCGAAGAGGUGAUGAGGCAUGAAACUGGUCCAAAUGUAGUUAUGAAUUGCUCAGUCCGAAGUAUACAGAAUCGAACAUACUUAGCGGCUGGACAAGAGAGUCACUGCCAGCUUUACAAAGUGAAUAUUCGCAUGGUUGAUACUGCAGAGAUGCGAAGAGGAAGCUUUAGAGCUGAGAAUGGCCUAGUCCGUCGACGGCGGCGCACGGUGUCUGAGAAUGACAACAUCUCAAAAAUGGACAGUAACUGCAAUACAACAGAAAAAAGAAUAUCAUUUGAAAUCCGGCCAAGUGAUAGUGUACAAACAGAUUUUUGUGAGGAUCCACUACAGCGGGUGGUAACUAUCAGCCCCAGUGGAGAACUAAUGGCAACGGGAGGUGUGGACGGAAUUGUAAGGGUGUGGAGUUUUCCCCAAAUGAAAUUAUUGUUUGAACUUCAAGGACAUACUAAAGAGUUGGAUGACUUAGACUUCAGUCCGUGCGAUAACAGAUUGGUCAGCAUCGCGAAGGACGGGGUGGCCCGCGUGUGGAGCACCGACGAGAAGGCGCCGCCCCUGCUGCAGCUCACGUGCCAGCCUCCCGGCGGAACCAAAUACUUAUUUAGGAGAUGCAAGUUUGGUAUGAUAGAAGACAAGCCGAACCAUUAUAGGAUGUUCACGAUCGCGAACCCCCUGUCGCGGUCGGGCAAGCAGAAAGGCCUGCUGCAACUGUGGGAGGGCCGCGCCGGGACCCCGCUGCGGGCUGUUCUUGUGGCGGAGUCGUUGUCGGCUCUGGCCGUUCGCGACGACGGCCGCUACGUGGGCGUCGGCACCAUGUUUAGCGGAUCGGUUGAUAUUUUCAUCGCAUUUAGUUUACAGCGCGUGGUGCACGUGAACAGCGCCCACCGCAUGUUCGUGACGGGGCUCCAGUUCCUGCCGGUGCGCGGCUACGGCCCCUCCAUCAUCAGCGACGCCCAGGCCGCGCUGCUGUCCAUCUCCGUCGACAACCGGCUCGUGGUGCACACGCUGCCGGCUCGAGGUACGAUGCCGGCGUGGGUCGCCGUCACUCUGAUAGUAUUCGUCAUGUUCUGUACAUUCUGUUUAUGUUCGUAUCUAGGUAUAUAGUCUAUAUCGGGCUGCUCGCGUGACUCGUGGCUCACGUCGCGAGACACUGCCGUGUCCGACCCGCGCGCGAUCUUUGCGACUCAUUCAUGGUAUCACGUGAUAAAAAUUCACUCUCAGAUGAGAUUACUGAAGUUUUAUUUAUGAUACAAUAACGUAGCAUUCCGUAGAACAGUUUACCAGUGGGAGGCUCCUUUGUACAGGAAGUCGGCUAGAUUAUGGGUACCACAACGGCGCCCAAGCAGUAAUGUGUAAACAUUACUGUGUUUCGGUCUAAUGGGCGCCGUAGAUAGUGAACUUACUGGGCAAAUGAGACUUAACAUUUUAUGUCUCAGGUGACGAGCGCAAUUGUAGUGCCGCUCAGAAUUUUUGGGUUUUUCAAGAAUCCUGUGCGGACUGCAUUGUAAUGGGUAGGGCUUAUCAAUUACCAUCAGCUGAACGUCCUGCUCGUCUCGGCCCUUAUUUUAAUAGAAAAAAAGAUCCACUCUACUGUUGCCCGGGUAUUUCGUGUUACAGAGCGAGCAACUCCGAACAGUGCUCAAGACUUCAUAAUAUCAUUAGUUACGUCUUUAGAAUCAGUAUUUGUUAAUUAUUAGACAUUAUUUUUCUGCAAAGAAACAAAUCAGUGUUAGAGCCAUGGGGCACCGCCACUUAGUCGCUAUAUAUUUAUGAAAUUGUCGAGUCAUACAAUGAUUUGACACAGGAUGUACUUUCGUACAAUAAAUCUAUUCUAUUCUCUGUUUAGUGCAUCUAUGUAUGUAGUUGUGUUGUUUAUUUUUAUAUUGUUUACGUUUAUUAUUAUACAUUAUAAUUCAGUUUAUAUCUAGCUAGCUAGCUAUAUUCACGGGCAUUUCGGUGUGAUUUUCUUAGAAAAUAUGUAAUAAUAUGUUGCUGUAAAUAUAAUAUAUUAAUUUUGUUAGACCAAUAAGUGUCCCGGUAGUAAAAACACUCUUGUAGGCGUGUAGCAAAAGUGAUUGAAUUUUAUAUAAAAAAGCAUUAUGUUUUCCUCCCAUUCUUUGAACUGUCUGGUAUUGGUUAUUUAAACUAACAGAAAACUGCAAGGCUGAAAUGAAAUCGUAUUUAAAUAAUAGUUUUAUGAAAGUCCUCUUUGCACCACACGCCCACGACAUGCGAAUAGUGUACAUCAAAGAAGAUGUGAUAAGAGGCGGAUACUGCCUAAGUAAAAAUUUAAAUUAAGUUUAGUAUGAAACGUGCAGUGAGAUUUGACAUAAGUUUGAAAUAGUAAUUACAAUAUGACGAAGUAUAAUGCGGCUAAGUUUGAAAGCCAACAGAGUGCCAAGUGUCAGAUUUUUUCAGAGCGCCAUCUAGUGAAUGUAGAGGAAAACAUCAUAGCGCUCUUUCGACGCCAUACAAAUCGUAGUUACCUUUAAUGCGAUUGAAUAGGUAAAAAAUCUCACAAUUGGCACUCAGUUGCUUAAAACGUAGUGGAUUACGGUCUACUCCGUUUUUUACAAGAUUACAGCCGUCAUCUGUCAAUCUAUCAAUUACUGCACGUUUCAUAUAAUCGGUUUUUUCUUAGAGUUUCGCUAGACUGGUGUACACGACGGAGACAAGCUUAAAUAUUAAGCUCGUUUAGCCAAACACAAACUCAAUAUUGUCGCCAAUGUCUGUCUUGGGUUGCGAGUGGGUCGGUAUUGAAGGCAGUGCGGGCUUGUCUAGGUUCAAUUAGGUAAUGAGGUGCGAAUCGUGCUCAUAUUAAUUAGUUAUAGAAUCAAUUUAAUUAAAUGUAUGGCAUUAUUUC